UGUGGCGAGCACAGCGCUCAGGAGGAAGAACAUAAAAGGAAAAGAAUUCCUUGCCCUUUGGAUCCAAAACACACUGUGUAUGAAGAUCAGCUACAAAAACACUUGAAAAAAUGUAAUUCAAGAGAGAAGCCAAAGCCUGUUUACUUUGCUAAAGAUAUUAAUGCGGGACUGAAAAAUGAAACAGAGCUGUCUGAAGGACAGCAAGUACCAAUUUCUGCACUUUCUAAACAAGAAUUAGAGGACUUAAUUAAGAAGCUAAAAAAAGCAAGUAACACUAUAAAUUAUGUACUUAAGGACCAAAUCCUUUCUCAUCAGGCCUUACAAGAGGCCCUAAAUGAUCCCCAAAAUGGAGACGCAGCUUUUAAACAUUUGAAGCAGCAGGCUUCCAUAUUGGGUAACAUGGAAAGAUUGCAUUUGCUUGGACCAGGGAACUGUUUUGUUGAAUUUGGAGCUGGACGGGGAAAACUGUCCCACUGGUUAGAUAUAGCUUUACAGGAUUCUCAAGAUGUUCAUUUUCUUCUUGUUGAAAGGGCACCUACCAGGUUCAAGGUGGAUGGCAAACACAGAAAACAUUACUUUGAGAGGCUUCAAGUUGAUAUCCAGCACUUGUGUUUAAGUAAAGUACCUCUUCUUGUGGAAGAGAAACUACCUCUGAUUGGAAUUGGAAAGCAUCUGUGUGGUGCUGCAACAGAUCUUGCUCUGAGAUGCUUAGUUGACACCUAUGUGAAAUGUUGUGCUGAAGAAAAGGAAGGCCCAGUAACUAAGCGCCUCAAGACGGAUGGAACUAACAUAAAUUAUCAUUAUCCUGGCAAAAUGUAUAGCAAUCGUGUAACUGAAAUCUGGAGCCCUAUAGCUGGAAUUGUUAUUGCACUUUGUUGUCAUCACAGAUGUGAGUGGAACCAUUACGUUGGCCAAGAUUUCUUUAAAAGAGUAGGACUUGGCCCAAAAGAAUUUAAUUUUUUAAAAAGAAUGACAAGCUGGGCUACUUGUGGCAUGAGAGAAAGAACAACAGAAACCAGCAGAAGUGGCAUGCAGAAUAAAGAACAAAGUAACGAAGAUGAACAUGACCAAGAUGAAAUAAAUACUGAAUGCAAUUUGGAUAGUCUUCAAGGGCUGCUGACCACUGAUGAACGAAAGCAGAUAGGUUACCUUUGCAAACUGUUGAUUGAUCAUGGUCGGACUGAAUACUUAGAGCAGAGAGGAUAUGAAGCUGUGUUGCAACACUAUACAGACUCAAGUGUGUCAUUAGAAAAUGUUCUCUUGACAGCUGUUCCAUCUCAGUCUUUGGUAUCUUCCACAACUGCUUAAAAACUAGAAGAGGCCUUCCAGGA